AGCUCGUAAAAGUUGUUUGUUAAGUUUUCCACCAGGACAAUGUUGAUAUUGCUAAUAGUGUUUGUGUUAAGUGUCAGUUAUUAUGCGUAUUUCAGACGCACCCGGGGGCAUUUGUACGAGUUGUCUCGGAGACUGCCUUCGGUGGGUCAGCUCCCGGUGCUGGGGCACACGCACUGGUUUAUCGGCGGGCCGGAAAGAAUAUUAAAGAAUAUAGAAACACUCGCUAAUAAAAUGGAAGCAUCCGGAGGAUUAGGUCAUGUAUGGAUUGGGCCUACUAUCUACGCCGUUAUCAUGAAUCCGGAGGAUAUACAAACAGUGUUAGAGAAGUGUUUACAAAAGGAUGCAUCAUACAAGUUCCUUCGAACUUGGUUAGGAAACGGACUUUUCGUGGCUCCGGUGGACCUCUGGAAAGUUCACAGACGUCUCCUUCUGCCCAUGUUCCACAACCGAGUGGUGGAGAGCUAUACAGACGUGUUCGGGAAACACAGCGAGGUGCUGGUCCAGAGGUUACAGGAGACCGUGGGCGGGCCCGAGUUCGACGUGUUCAAGUACGUCACUCGCUGCUCAUUGGACAUUGUCUUCGAGACCGCAAUGGGGGAGCGAAUGGAUCUCCAACGUAAACCAGAGAACGGGUACGUGAGUGCGCGCAACGCGGUUAUGUCCGUCAUCAACAUGCGCCUGUUCAAGGCGUGGCUGCAACUUGACGCCGUCUUCAAUCUGACGCCGUACGCCAGCGUACAGAAGGCGAAUAUCCAGCUGACUCACCAGUUUACUGAUGAAGUAAUUAGAAAGAAAAAGCUUUUGAAGGAAAAAAAUUGUGAGAGUCCCACAGAAUAUGAAGACGGCAGACGCGACACAUUGGACAUGCUGCUGAGCCGAGAUUUUCCAUUCAGCGACGAACAGCUACGUGAGCACAUCGACUCCAUAACUAUAGCUGGAAAUGACACUACUUCGCUGGUAGUGGCCUACGCGCUCGUCCUGCUCGGCAGCCAUAUGGGAGAGCAGGAUAAAGUAUAUAAAGAGUUAAAACAAAUAUUCGGCGAAUCUACAAGGAUCCCUACUAAGGAGGAUUUAAACAAAAUGCAAUACUUGGAACGGGUCAUAAAAGAGACAAUGCGGCUGUAUACAGUGGUUCCGGUAAUCGCGAGAGAAACACAGACUGAGUUAAAAUUGUCGACCUGCACACUGCCCGCUGGCGUGGGCUGCGCCAUAGUGCCGUUCGUGCUGCACCGCUCCAAGAGGCUCUGGGGCCCCGACGCCGAAGACUUUCGCCCGGACCGGUUCUUGCCGGAAAACUCCGUCGACCGCCAUCCCUGCGCCUUCAUUCCUUUCAGCUUUGGAGGCAGAAAUUGCAUUGGCCGCUAUUUCGGAAUGCUUGCCAUGAAGACUCUGCUUGCAAGUAUCCUUCGAACGUAUGAAGUUUCAGCUAAACCAUGUGGUGCUUUGAAAAUAGAGAUCUUGCUCAUUCCCGUAUCGGGGCACAUGAUAACUUUAAACAAGCGGUGAUCAAAAAUAAAAUAUUUACGAGAAUACCA